AUGGAUGCGUCUGCAAACCAUUCUGCCGCCGAUGCCUCUCUUCAUGAACAGUGGAACAAGGCUGUUUUCCCACUUCUUUGCGAGAUAAUGGUUCGACAUUCUAGCCUCGCAAGGGAUGAAUGUGUCAAAUGGGUGACAGAGAAGUUCCCAACGGGAUUACGCCUACUUACUCAGACGCUAGACAGUCUUCUUGGGGUGGAGCCAGGCAAUGGUAAUCUUGACAUUCUGCCAUUGGCCAACGGCGAUGAUGCCGGAGAUGCUAAUUUGCACGCAGAUCCUCAUCGUGCUUCGCCCAGCGCCCAGUCGGUUCAGCAGCAAGCGUCGGAUACUAUCCAUCGCAUUGAUGACUUCUCCUUACCAUUCUGUCUUAUCAAGCUGCAACUCCUACUUGUGGAAACAGAUGCAGCUGGAAAGGAGAAUGUCCUUGAUCCUAUCUUUUCUGCGGCUGAAACGGAUGUGAAGAAGGGGUUAUCUCAAUGGGUGGAGGUUAUCACUGUUCUAGAUGACGAAGGAAGACGACAGCUCCAACAAAAGGCAGAGAACAAACUUCUAUCACUAUUCAUUACAUCUGCCUCCUCGUCCUCGACGGGCAAUAGCGAUGAUGGACCGGCACCUCAUGAGCUUGGAUUGGUAUACCUACGCAUAAUUGAGGAGCUGGCAUCCAAAACACCAAAUGAAAACGUUUCUUCCACAACCGGCAGCGCCCUGUUGGAAAGAAUGAAUCUUUUGCUUCAGCGGAUAGCGUUUCUGUCAAAGGUUAAGUCUACAGAUUCGAAUUCCACUAUCAUCGCUCAGCGUAAUGAAGGUGGCAUGAUUGGAAUAUGGAUUUACAUCCUCCUUCGUCUUGUGGCCUUGUACCGCUCAUUUUUCAAUGUUGAACGUGCCUCAAAGACAGAUCUCUCAGACCAAACUCGCCUCCUGCUAAGUAUUUGCUACAUGGCAUUUACUCCAGCCUUCAUGCAGGUACUCUCGCAUACCACUAACCUUCCUCCCACUCCCACUGGCAAAUACGCCCACCUUCAAAGAACGGUGCCAGGAAACUGGAAUAGCAUACGAAUAUAUACUAUUGACGUUGCGACUAUCUUGGUCGAUACCCUCCCUGAUGAAGCCCGCAUACAGUGUGCACGUUUUCUCCGUGAUCGGUCCCCCCUCUUCCAGCAGCAACAAGAUAGCCGUCUUCUAUAUCUUUUUGGCCCUAUGCCCGAUCCGCAAGCCAGCCCCAUCAGCCCUUCGACUGGCACCACAACCUCCAGUGCGCCACCUCCCGGCUCAUCACCUCUAAAUACCCAAAGCCUUGCAGCGCAGGGCUCAUCUGCUCAACCUCCUCAACCUCCGCAUCCAACCAACCCAUCUAUCCCCACCGUCGAAGAAACAACCUCACCUAUUCAAAACUUCCGAUUCCAGCAGGGCAAUCGAGUCAUCGGUCCAUGCCCUCCGAGAACAUGGGAAAUGAUUGAAGAAUCCGCCCCUGUUGUCGGCGUGAAUGACACAGCGCUCAACCUUUCAUACUUCGGCGCACGCCUGGUCAGAGCAGGACUAAAAUGA